AUGAGAAGUUGUUCUGAGCUAAGCACCUUAGAGAUCGUCGAGAUUCUAAAAAGCAUGCAGGGCGAGCCAAACUCCGCCUCCACAGUUGUUGGGGGUGAUUGCGAAAAAGCUGAGGGCCAGAGGGCCUCGCAUUCUGCUCUGGCCAUUAAUUCUCUUAUCAAGAGGUUGGUUGGGGGUGGGAGGGUCGAUACAGUUGUUGCUAUGUAUAAGCAAUUGAAGACAAUCGGGCUUAACCCGAAUGUGUAUACUUAUGCUAUCAUGAUUAUCACAUACUAUUGGAACAAUUGUUUUGAAGAAGCUGGAAAUGUGUUGAGUGAGAUGGAAGCAGCUGAGCCUGAUUCUUUUAUGUACUUUGCUUAUCUUGAAGGGCUCUGCAUGAACGGAUUGAUCGAUUCGGGCAACAAGGUUUUACAGUCUUGCAAAGCUGGAAAUGUCCUUAUUGAUGCUUAUGCUUACACUACUGUGAUUCAGGACUUUUUUAAGGAAAAGAAGCUGCGGGAGGCUGAGAAUGUUUUGCUCGACAUGGAAGAAUACGAGAUGAUUCCCAGUGAGGCUGACUACCGUGCCUUAGUCCCGGGGAUGUGCGGUCGAACCACAAACAAUUAUCAGUGGCGAGACUUUGUGCGUUCUGAGGACAUUAUGACCGACAAUUGUCUGUGGUUCGACCGCACAUCUUUAACGGAUUUCGUAGUGACAGUCCUCACGGACAAUCAAGUUGAACGGAAACUUCGACACCGUUAUAUGUUGUAG